GGCCACAUCUUUCAAGUCCCAAAAAAGCAGGUUUGGCGUUACUUCGAGUCCUUAGGUGAACGCUAUGGUCCUGUCGUGGGUCUCUCUCUCGCCGGUGACCACUUAGUGAUUCUAAAUCACCCUGAUGAUGCCGAAGAGUUGCUCAACCGACGGUCCCAUAACUAUUUCUCGCGCAAGCCUCUGGUUUAUGCGGGUAAAUAUCAAUCACGCGGGAAGAGAUUGGUUUUGCUACCGUACGGCCCUCAGCUGAAGCUGCAUCGUGCUGCAUUUUACCAAAUGCUCCAGCCAAGGGUCAUCGGUUCAUAUGAGGCCAUGCAAGAAGAAGAGUCUACCAGGUAUCUUUAUAACAUGCUGACAAAGCCACUCGAGGCAGAUCUUAAUAGCAAACGAUAUGCGGCUGCCACAGUCUUUCGCUUAAGCUACGGGAAGCGCUUGAGUGACGACGAUCAGGAUCUCAACGCUGUCUUGACCAUUCUGGAUAACUUUAUCCAAGAUUGUUAUCCCGGUUCUCACUUGGUCGACGCUCUUCCAAUGCUUGAUUGUUUACCUGACUUUCUCUCUCCCUGGCGAAAAUCUGCCCACGAGAAGCAUCUCUAUACCCACCUUAUGCGCGAAGUGGAGGCGAGGAUUGCCGCCGGCGACGACUCGGAUUGCUUUGCAGGAAGGCUGUUGCAAGACCACGAUAAGGAUGCGCUAGAAACGGAGUCUCUGGCAUAC